AUGCCCAUCUAUGACUUUCGGACCAUCGGGUCUAUACCCAGCGGCAAAGACCUGGUUGACAUUGUCCUUUCAAAGACGCAGAGGAAGACUCCAACUGUCAUUCGAAAAACCAUGAAGAUAUGCCGCAUCCGUGCCUUUUAUAUGCUCAAGGUAAAGUUUACCCAGAACACUAUUGGGCAAAAGAUAAGUGCUAUCGUAGACGAGUUUCCAAAGAUAGAUGAGAUCCACCCAUUUUACCGUUACUGGUUCAACAUUAUGUAUGAUAAGGACCAUUUCAAGAUUGCCCUUGGACAGCUUCACCAGUGUAAGAAUCUCACUGACAAGGUAGGGCAGCACUACGUAAAGCUUCUUAAGCACGCAGAUUCACUUUUUCAGUGCAAGACUCUGAAGCGUGCAGCCCUUGGAAGAAUGAUCUCCCUUCUAAGGAAGCAGAACGAGUAUCUCGCAUAUCUGGAACAGGUCCGCCAGCACAUGAGUAGGUUGCCGUCCAUCGAUCCGUCGACACGCACUCUACUUCUCACGGGAUACCCUUCUGUUGGAAAAUCUAGCUUUCUCAAUGCUUUAACCCGUGCCAAUGUGGAGGUGGAGUCUUGGGAUUUCACGACCCAGUCCCUUUUUGUUGGACACUCCGACUAUAAGGGGCUCAGCUAUCAGCUAAUCGAUACCCCAGGUCUGCUGGACCACCCCCUGGAAGAGCGUAACAACAUAGAGCUCCAAGCUGUCGCAGCAUUGGCAUACCUAAACGCUGCCAUCCUCUUCCUUAUCGAUAUCUCUUGUGGAGGAGACUACCUGCAAAAACAAGUUCAUCUGUUUCAGUCGAUGAAGCUCUUCUUUCAAAACAAGCCAACAGUAAUUGUGCUCUCAAAGGCAGAUACAUGGACACCUGAUCAGCUUUCUGCUGACGACAUCCAACUGCUCCAGUCCAUGUCCCCCGCUGUCUCCUUCCUAGAAGCUUUGAAGCUAUACGACGUCUUGUAUCCCAGUAAGGCAGAAAUCGAUGACUGUUUGGCACGUGGUGGAGAGCUUUCACUGAAUAUCCAGGGUCGGGUAAAGGAAGAAGACGAGUUGCGUCAGAGGAUUCUUGCACAAGCAGCAUCAGGUGAUCCACUCUUUAUCCCAGCCUCCACAGUCAACAUGCAAGGCGUUGAGCGUGCCAUGGCUAUCGCGUGUGAGCAGCUUCUCCGGAUUAGAGAAGCUCAGCUGUUCACAGCCAGGAAACAGGAGCUGCUAGCUGAUAGGCAGUACGUUGCUAAUCCCGUCCAGCGUGAUAGUAAGCAGAGAGGCACUUAUAUUCCCGAAUCAGUUAAGGCUCUCCAAGAGGCCCAUAUGCCUGUGCGGGCCCACACAAUAGAAGAUGGGUUUAUUAGCGAGCGCGUUCUUGAAUUGGAGAAUGGAGGCGCACGCGUUUACAAGCCUGAUGAACGAAAGAAUUGGCUUCUCAGCAAUGACGACUGGAAAUAUGACGCUAUUCCAUAUUUCUACAAGGGUAAAAACAUUCUGGACUUUAUCACCGUUGACGAGGAUAUAGAUGAAAAGCUCCGGCUACUUGAGGAAGAAGAAGAGCGACUGGUCGCAGCAGAAAGCGCGUUUGAUGACAAAGGGUUAUUCGAAAAGCUUGCUUUGUACCGCGAGCUGACUGAUAAUCGCCGCAUUAAAAAAGCAACUCUCAAGGGAAUGGAUCUUCUGGGCUCUUCCAUGCCGCGCUUAGCUCAGAUCCAUGGAACAGCAGCUGGUGCAAAACUGGAUAGGUUUGUCAUGAAAAAGACUGGUCAGAAGUUCAAUAGUAGCGUGGCAAGGACUGUAUUCCCGAACCCCAACAGACCGAUGAAGGAUAAAUGGCGAACUCUCCAAGAGCGCAUGGAGGAGCAGGCACGUAGAGACGGAGUAUCUGUUGAACAAAUGCGGAAGAUUGACUACCAGGAUAGGCACUACACGGGCAAGGGCCGCUUCGACUAUAAGAAACCGGCCGUAACACGUCAGAAGCAUCUCCUUUCUGGUAAGAUCUCCGGCCAGGCUCGUGAUAGACGCUAA